AUGUCAAUUGAGCUUCGGAUAGAGUGUCCUGGACCCGAUGCAUAUAUCCAGGCCGAAGUCGAGUUUGUUCAGCCAAUUCCUUACAUUGAUCCCCCUGGUCCCAUCAUUAUUCGUUGGAUGACUCCCUCAAGUUAUCCGGGCGGAAGCGUCUGGAUGAUGCAAAUCUUCGCCUUUGGACCUGAUGUGCGCAUCUUCGAUCGCAUUACCUACGAUGACAACAUGGUCUAUUGGAGCCAAGACACCCGAACUCGUCUGACGUGUGACGCUACCUGCGCUUCUGCCGGGCUCCACAACAACUUCAGAAUCUUCGUUAGCGCUUGUGGGCCUUCUAACCCUCUCAAUCAGCCCGCUUGA